AUGGCGACCGUGUGGGAAGUAGUUGGCGGCGCGGACAAGGGCGGCAUCCUCGUUCGUGAAAGCUCGGACCUGUGCUCCGCCUUCUUGGACAACCGCUUGGAGACAGGUUCCAAGGUCAAGGAAGUGGAGUGGCAGCAUGGACGCCUUGGCUAUGAGCUCAUCUCGGGCACAGGUCCAGCCAAGGGCUGGGUGACAGUGAAUUUGAAGGGCAAAGACCUUGUGGUCCGUGUUGAGAACACCGAGGUUAUGGAGUCCAAGAGCGAGGGCGAGAUCCUCGAGGCUGAGGUCGAAACCACAAGCAGCGAGCCGGACGUUGCCAAGACCAGUGUCAAGCCCAACGGCAAGGUGGUCUAUGGAAAGGACCCUACGCGUGAUGAGAAGGAAGCCUUCAAACAGUACUUGGAGAAGUUCGGGGAGAACAGGACAGGAAACAACCCUGGCUUCAACCGAAAGGCUUUCCCCUGGGCGGUAGGCCAGCCAGUUAAGCCGCGCACCGCUCCAAAGGAGGCAAUCGAGGCAGCGAUGUCGAAGCCAAAGCCGAAGAAGGAGCGCAGGUCGGCACCGGUGGAUGUUGACUCUGAGGGCGAAGAGGUGCCCUUGUGCUGCAGAUGCCUCAUGCCUGUGGGGGAGUUCGCGUAUGAGGGCCGCGAAGGACGUGGCAGCUGUGUGCACGCGGAGUGCAUGGCACAAGUCCUUGUGGAGGAUGCCCAGAGGCAGGAGGACCGCCGCAUUGGUUGGGAAGCUGAGAAGAAGUUGAAGAGCCGCAGGCAGUAUGACAUUGGCUGGGUCAUGGACAGCGUCCCCAAGAACACCAAGUGGGCCGAGCGCAUGGGCUGCAACGGCUUUCCUCAAGGACUUUGCUGCCUUGUGUUCGAUGAGGUCACUCGCACGGUGAAGGUUGCACCGACUCUGGAGCCAGCCGCCGCUGUCAACUUGGAGUACCUCCUCCUGGCACUGAAGGUGCGCAAGACCGCCAGCCGUGAGCCGCUUUUCUCCCUCGACCCGGUGGACCCCCAGAACCUGGAGAAGACCCCACAAAAGAAGGUUUAUGAACCAAGCUGGCUGGCCGGCACCAGUGUGGGCGAUGUCAUGUUCCAGGCGGAUUACUUCCUCAAGGAGCUUGCCUUGGGUGAGUACGAGAUGCCCGUGGCCGGCAUGCUGAGCGUCUUCGACUGGUCGGAGCUCUCAGACAAGGACAAGUCUUGGGCAGGGCGCGAGUGGUACGUGGUGAAGAAAGCUGAGGUAAGACUUGCCCAGGACAAGACCUUGGUCCCGUUCGUGAAGAUGGGCGUUGAAGCUCGCGAGCAGGUUGUGACAAAGAAGGGCUUGGAGGAUGCACCGGUCACGGCUUCCACGCAUCCCCUGAAGAAGUUCGCCGACGCCUUCACCCGCAACUUCGACUUGAUCGCGGAGCGCAAGAGCGUGGUCUACCAUGUGCGUGAGCUGGCAAAGGCCUCCGUGCUUGCAAAGUACUUGGUGGACUCCCACACUCGCCUGGAUCCUUCUUGGUACAAGCUUGCUGAUGAGAUCGUGAAGUCUACUCCCAAGGAAGCAUACCCGCAGAUCCCACAGCUCUGGAACAUGCGUGGCAACUCCCGCAUCCAGCUGAAGAAUGGCCGCCUCAUUGACAUGUUCACGGGUGGCCAGAAGAAUCUGCAGGCCAUCUAUGGUGGUGUGGAGUUUGGGCUGGACCGCUUCGAGCUGGCGCAGCGUCAUGCAUUGCAAGGCCAAACUGGUAUGCAGUUGGGGCAAUCGGGCCGACCCAUGUUCAUGCCUCAGCGCUUCCAGCUGGGACAGCGGGCAGAGAUGCCUCAGGGUGUGGACCUCAACUUGGACAAGUUUGACCUCACCAAGCCGGAGCGCUUCGGUGGCAGCCUGCCGGCCUGCAGUGGUGGCCCAGACUCCCUGGAAGCCAAGGUCACGCUGGGACGUGCUUUCCUGCAGAGCCUCCGGGACCAGGACUUUGAGGAUCUUAAGACAGAGUACAAGGAGCUGUUGGUGAGGGUCUUCAGCUCACCCCAGUGCGACCGCACCGAGGAGGGUGAUGCAUUCACCCCGCCGGAUCCCAACCUGGAGUAUGCUGCUAAGCUCCGCAGCCUCAUCCACGAGGAGAAGUCGCUGCUCGAGCGCCGCAAGCUGCGCUUCUUUGAUCGUAGCUUCAAGGUUGACAACCCUGGCACCGACUUCCCCUGCUCCUGGACGCCCCGUUUCCAGAUUGAGAAGGACGGCGUAGCUCCCAAGUUUGAGGUCUCCAACAAGUCGGCCUUCACCAAGGUUGAGUUCGACGACGCCUUCUGCAAAGUCCUGGUCUCCGACGUUUUGCCCACCGCCGCGCCUGAGUUCAAGCAGACCACGGAGGACGGCACCAUCUUCCGCAUCUACCAGAUCGGUAGCCUCGAAGUUCGUACCACGGAAGAGAAGUUCGCACAGGAGAAGGUGGGUGUUCUCUUCUCAAAGUCUGCUCCCACCUGGGAGCUGGCCUCCAAAACGAGCAAGCAGUUGAUCUCUGACAGCGAGAAGAUCCAUAAUUGCAAGGUCUACUUGGAGGCUGCUGAGGGCGAGACCCACAGCAACAAGCAGGCACACCACUUCUACGUUGUCCUCCAGACGCCCAACCAGAAUCUGAUCGUGACUGAGAAGCUAGCAACGGGGAUCACUACUUGGGUUGUGAACCCUGCCAACCUUGAGGACCGUAACUCCUUGGCGAAGCUCCUUUUCACCGCCGACUGCCUCGAGCAGACCACCAUCCGCUCCUUGAAGACUCUCCAGGGAAACAUGAGCCGCAGUGAGCCGAGUGGUGCAAGUCUGUCCUUCCGGAAGCAGUACGUGAAGUCCGUCUUCAAGCAGGCGACCGGCAGGAGCUUCCGGGGCAAGUGGGGAGGAUCCAUCCGACGAUACUCCGGACCAGCAGUCUUCCUCGGCCGAAUGAUGUCUAUGGAGGGUGGUGGCCUUUGCGCCAGGAAGAAAUUUGACAUGUGA